CACAAAUUCAGUUCAGAGAAACAUUGCUCAGUUUUGGUGAAAUUGUUCGUUGACUGCAGCUUUAUCAAACAAAUCUUAUCUCUCAAAACAUUGCAGACUCACUGCAUUUUUUUUUUUCUUUUUGUAAUGAGGGAAAAAAACAGGCGUGGGCAAAGCAGUAUAAAGGUAGAGCUCAGCCAGCACUAGAACAAGCAUCCAGCUGACAACUGAGUGAUCAAUUCAAGGACUUCUUGAAAUAGCUUCUUCCAGAAGUUGACAGCCAAACAAACUCUGAUCAUGAAGAUGGGGAUGCUUCUGCUGGUUUCAGCUCUGGUGCUGCUCUCUGCCGUCAGUCCCACCAUCGCCAGUCCUUCUCCUCAUCAUCACAAGAACCUAAACAUCGUAUUUGACAUGGCUCAAAAAUACAACGAAUCUCUCUCUCGGAUGUACUUUGUGGAGGACGUGUCGAGUCUGGCUGAUGGUGCAAACAAAUGUCAGGAUAAGUUCUUCUGCAAAGUGUACAUGAUCCUGCGUGAACACGAAGAAUUGAUUAACCGAUCUGAGGAGCGUGGGCUUGUGAAGAACUUGAAGAAAUUUGUUGAUGGCAUAAAUGCAAACUGUACGGAGUUACUAAAGGAUGUGGUCCCUUCAGACGUCACAAAACCGAUACCCUCCCUUUUAGAACACCUCACCCGCUGUAUCCAGAGCUUGAACAUGAGACGAAGCGAUUAAUGAACAGACCUGCGACCCGACUGUCAGUGGAGUCCUUGAGAGUUUCAUUUUGUUUUUUGAGAGAAUUUCAUUUUUUUACAUUUUGAAAAACUGUAAUGUAAUGACUAAUAGCAAAUUAAUGGGGAAUAUGAUUAGAUAAUAUGUUGUAUACCAGGUUUAAAUUGUAAAUUUAAUUUUUUUCUACGUAAUGUCGUUGAUAGUUUUUAUUUAGGAGUUAUCUUCAAGUGAAUUAAUAUCUGAAGUCCCUCUAGACGAUGCACAGCCGUCAUAGUUUUGUACUACAAACAACAACACAAUGUAAUAAAUAGUCAUUUAACAGAUAUUUACUUUUAUCUGCCCGGUAAGCAGUUUUGAAUUAGUACAGUGAUGAUCACUGUGGUGAUCUGAGCACUAUCAAAUACACCUUCAUAUUUAUUCUUUUCAGUAUUUAACAUAAGUUAAGGCUGUUUUAUAUAUUUGAGUGGCAUAUUUAUUGUAAUCCUAUCAUACAGCAUUGAAAUAUGUGUUUACAGAAAAAUAAAUCGUAUUACCCAUGAGUGGAGUAUAUAUGGAAAUGCUUUGUGCUCACAUGUUAAUCAGAAUUUACAGAAAGACUUUUUAUAACUUUUAUUUUUAUCUGUUGCAUUGAUUUUCUUUAUGAUGCUGUGCUUUUUAUCAAGUCAUCUUUUCUCAUUCAGUCUCAUUCAACUACUCACACACCUCUUAAAUAUGUUAAGUUACAUUUAAACUGCAGAUUAUGAGUGCAGCUGAACUACAAUUUAACCUGUAUCCAUUUUUUUUUGUUUCACUUUUCAUUUCUUUUAAAUACAUUAUAUUUGUAGCAUUGACCUCAUUGCAUACUCAUUGGCAUUAGAAUAUCUUUGGUACUCUCAAAUUUAAUUAGACAUCAGUUGAUUUAGAGAUGGAUCAAACCAAGAUGUUUGUAAUGGAUCUAGUUAAAGCACUGCAAAACGCAAAAAUAAUUCAAUAUAAGAAGGCCAAAUGACUCUGAGUUUGUAGAGCACUGGCUGUGAUUGUUUGAUCAUGUCCUUUUCUGUAAGACUAGUGGGGAACCACACAAUAAAGUAUUGGAUUUAUGUAUA